AUGGAUCCUGGAAAUCACCUGUUACCUGCUAUAGCGGCCGAUAGGAGCGCAGCCACACUGACCAAACGUGCACAUUACAGCCCGCCAUGGGCUGACCUUAGCAUCAUCGGCAUUGCGGGUAGCUCCGGCUCAGGCAAAUCAACACUUUCCCAGGCAAUCGUAAGAAAGCUGAACCUCCCAUGGGUCGUCAUCUUAUCAAUGGAUUCGUAUUAUAAACCUCUUGACGCUGAGUCGUCCAAGAAAGCCUUCAUGAAUGAAUAUGAUUUUGACUCGCCCGAUGCCAUCGAUUUCGAUGCAUUGCUUGAAACGCUCCGAGAUUUAAAAGCUGGCAAACGUGCCGAGGUUCCAGUGUACUCCUUCGAGAAGCAUCAACGCCUGGAAGAAACGACAAUUAUCUAUUCCCCCCAUGUUCUAAUUCUUGAAGGCAUAUUUGCGCUAUAUGACCCAAGAGUAAUGGAGCUUAUGGACAUGAGGAUUUACUGUGAAGCGGACGCAGAUACCUGCCUCUCUAGACGAAUCUUGCGUGACGUUCGAGACCGUGGGCGGACGGUAGAGGGCUGUAUCAAGCAGUGGUUCGGAUUCGUAAAGCCGAAUUACGAGAAAUACGUCGUGCCCCAGCGGAACGAGGCCGAUAUUAUCGUUCCCAGGGGAAUUGAGAAUCGGGUCGCUAUGACCAUGGUUACCCAAUACAUAGAGAGGAAGUUGUUGGAGAAAUCUACACAUCACCGCGCAGCGCUGAAGAGCUUGGAAGCCGGCUUUGAGAGUGAACCGCUUUCGAAGCGUGUAGUAAUCCUUCAGGAGACCCCUCAGCUCAAGGGAAUGAACACACUAAUACAGGAUCUCGAUACCUCUAGCGAAGACUUCAUCUUCUACUUUGACAGGUUUUCCUGCCUUUUGAUUGAGCAGGCUCUGAAUAAUGUUCACUUCAAGGCAUUGACGGUUGAGACUUCAUCUGGAACACCAUAUCACGGUUUGGCCCCCAAGGGUGAAGUGAGCGCUGUAUUGGUACUCAGAGGUGGCGCUGCGUUUGAAGCAGGAUUGAGAAGAGUGAUCCCAGAUUGUCGCACUGGCCGGCUCUUGAUCCAAAACAACCUGAGGACUGGGGAACCAGAAUUGCACUACCUAAAGCUGCCCAAAGAUAUUAGCAAACAUGAAAGUGUACUGCUCCUCGACUCGCAAAUGUCGAGUGGCGGCUCUGGACUAAUGGCUGUUCAAGUCUUGGUUGACCACGGCGUGCCACAAGACCGCAUCGUCUUUGCGACAUAUUCUGCCGGACGUGUUGGCUUACAUCGUCUAACGAAAGUGUUUCCAGAGAUUGCAGUGGUGGUAGGGAACAUGGUGUCAGAUAUGGAAGAGAGAUGGGUCGAGAGCAGAUACUUUCGCUGCUGA